UUGUUGUUAUUGCGGAAGCAAACCGAUGGAGCUACAGCAGCGCACAUAGCGACCUAGCUUAUUUCAACUCUGCGUGAUUUAAAUGUUAUUUAGCUAGGCCAUAUGCUGGUCAUUGGAAAUUUCGUUUCACGGAUUCCUUAGGUGAGAGAGUACCGGUUGUGUUUGCGAGGACAUAACCGAAGUUAUUAUGGCGGACCACAAUGACAUAAGCCUGCCUCCGGAGGAGCGGGUCCGGGCCCUCACAAAAAAGGGAAGCUCGGUGGAGGUGAGCGAUGACAUGCCCCCCCGUCGAUAUUUCCGCUCCGGCAUGGAGAUGAUCCGCAUGGCGCUUAUCUACACGGAGGAGGGCAACAUCGAGCAUGCCUUUGUCCUGUAUAAUAAGUACAUCACGCUGUUUAUCGAGAAGCUUCCCAAACACAGGGAGUACAAAACUGCUAAUAUUCCGGAGAAGAAGGACACACUAAAGAAACUUAAGGACAUUGCGUUCCCUCAAGCGGAAGUGCUGAAGAAAGCUCUGCUGAAGAGAUUUGAACAGGAGUACGCAGAGUUCCUUGUGAAAAAGAAGGCCGAGGACCUGUCCCUGGCGAGGGAGCAGUCCAAGCGGCGGGCCCUGGAGGCGGAGCGCGAGCGCGUGGUGGAGCUCCAGCGGCGGCAGCGGGAGCAGGAGCAGUUCAGCGCCUUCGAGGACCUCAUCCGCCGGCAGGAGCUGGAGAAGGAGCGCCAGCGGGUGGUGCAGGAGUUCGCCGCCCCGGGCACCCCGCCCCCCGAAGCCCCCAUCCUCGCCGGCCUCCAGGGGCCCCCGCCGGCCUACUCGACGGUCUCCCCCGCCACGCCCCCCCCGGAGAGCCACGGCGACCUACCGGGGGGCGCCAGCAACCUGUACAACGACCCCCCCGCGUAUACCCCUGGCACAACCGCCCCUUCUGCACCCCCCACCUUUGACCGGUCGCUCAAGCCUGGCUCGCUGGCCAGUCCGGACAACAACUCAGACCAGGUUCCAGACCUCUCCUCACGUCCCGUUGCUUCUCAUGGUGCUUCGUCUGCCACAGGUAGCAUGGUGGAUGCCUUGCGGCAGCUGGUCGUGCCGGGCGAGCUGUGCCGGAGCUUCCUGAGGCUGGCCGAGGCGAACACGACCAGAGCGGUGGAGACCUGUGGCAUCCUGUGUGGCAAACUGAACCGGAAUGCCUUCACUGUGACCCACGUCAUCGUCCCCAAGCAGUCCGGGGGGCCUGACUACUGUGACACUGAAAACGAGGAGGAGCUCUUCCUGAUCCAGGACCAGUAUGACCUCAUCACUCUGGGCUGGAUUCACACCCACCCCACACAGACAGCCUUUCUGUCCAGCGUGGACCUCCACACACACUGCUCCUACCAGAUGAUGCUGCCGGAGGCCAUCGCUAUCGUCUGCUCACCAAAGUUCAACGAGAUUGGCUACUACCGCCUAACAGACCGUGGAACAGAGGAGAUCUCCACAUGUAAACAGAAGAGCUUUCACCCGCACAGCAAAGACCCUCCUCUUUUCACACAUGCGGGCCAUAUCAACAUCACAGAUGCCACAGUUUCCAUGUUGGACCUGCGGUAAAGUUGUAGGGUUCGCAACCGGACAAAGACUCCAUUAUGAAACACAUUAAUCUCAUUAGAGAACAGUGCAUCGUACGAGACAGCACAGCGCCAUCAACCGGCUCUGGAAUCCUUGAUGAACCUCAACCUCGAUUUGUUCCCGCUCUCCACUGGAACAAUAUUGUGACCAUUCUUUGCUCUUUCCAUUUUCCUUAUGUUGCACUUUCCAGGCGGAGCGGUGGUUUCAGACAGGCACCUCUUUGCCAUGUCUGUCUGUUCUAUUUUGCUCCCUUAGUUAUAACUUUGAGGAAAUAGUAUAACUUUAUAGCAUUAAUGUUUGUUGGUGAAAUGUAACUGCAGUACGGGUUAUGUAUCAGUUGUCUUAAACUCUAACAUUUGUCUGUUCUUAAUUUAAUUGUAAUAAGGGUUGGGAAUGUCCAACAGUUAAGUGCCAAGAAAAAAGAGGAUUCUCGUCGUCCAAUGAUGUUUUUCAUUACGAUCCUGACUCAGACCGUUAUAGAAUUAUUUUCCUUAUUUUUAAUUUGUAUAUUAUAUCAUACUUCCAUUAUCUAUACUGUUGAGAAUAAGUACUAACAGAUGUGGAAGCCAAUAGUAACUCAGGUACUGUGGGCAGUGUCCCUGCCUUGUGUUGUGUCCGAUAAAUACAAAAAGACUGACUCUGUGGAAUUGUUUAACUAAAAAGGGUCUUGUUUCAAAUUGUCAUAAUCCAUUUUUCUUUUUUAAUUUUCCUUAUGAAAAUAUAUUUAUCAAAGUAAAACGGGGCUAUGCAAAGCAUCUGUGUUACAGGUCCAUUUCUCUUCUCUCUGGCUCAAUGCUUGAAUGUACCAGCUAUUGUACAUUGCUAAUCACCAUGGCCACAAUGCCUUCCUGAUGCCCAAGAAAUUUUGUUUUUCUGUUUAGUAAAGUCCAUAAAAAUAUUUUACUCUGAUUCAAUAACUUCAUCAAUGUUAAUAAUCAGACUUAAUAUGACAACAUUUACAUUGUACUUGCUUUUCACUCAUGUUUGGGUUGACAUUCAUAAUUUUGGGUCUGUGGUUUGAUGCAUUUCAAUAUAAUAAUAAAGUUAUUAGUACAAUGGAUGCAAA